AACAGAAGAACAGAGAUCAGGUGACAUUAAGCUGCUCUGUGAGGACAUAUGAACGGUGUAAAUACACAGUAGAGUGGCUGAAGGAUGAUUUCACAGUAAUGGAGACAUCACAUCAUUCCUGUUCAGCCUCUGUGAACAUUAAAACAUCUCACCUGACUGAUCAGUAUUACAAAUUAUUGCAGUGUAAAGUUGUUCACAGUAAUAUAGUUCAGGUGUUUAUCUUCAGCCUUCAGACCUCAAAGGAGAAAACAGAUCCAACAACAACAACAACAACUACUACUACUACUACUGCUGCUGCUGCUACUACUACUGCUACUGCUACUACUACUACUACUGCUACUACUACUACUACAGCAACAACAACAACAGCCACAGCAGCAACCAUGAGAGAGAGAACAUCAGAAGGGACAAAUAAAAAAACCUCCACAAACGUUAACCCAACAAAACCACAAGGUGAGGAUGGAAGUGGAGUGAGAACAACAAUCAAACCAGGGACAUCAGGAGGAAAAAACAACACAACAUCUGCAAACGACAAUCCACAACCACAAGGUUGGUGGUGGUGGUGGCUCAUCGUUGUAGCUGGAGGUUUAGCAGCACUCAUAAUAUCUGUUGUUGUGUUCAUCAGAUGGAAGAAAACUAGAGGGAACCAAAGACAGACGGAUGGAAACAUGACUGAUCCUGAACAUGGUGUUUCCUACGCCUCCAUCAGCUACACCAAGAAGACCAAGAGUAAAGCUCGGGUUCAGGCUGAUGAUGGUGAAGGUGGUGCAGUGACCUACAGCACUGUGAAAGCCUCCUCCUCUUCUGCUGGAGCCUCCAUUGAUCUCAGCAACCUCUAUGCUACCAUCAAGUAACCAAACAAAUAACAUGUUACUUAGUAAAUGCAACAUGUUAUUUUUAUAACAACUGUAUGAUUGUUUAGCUCAUAGAUUUAAAAUGUUAAGAGUUAUGAUGAGGAUGAUCUUAAUAGUUUCUCAUAUUGUUUCUUUUCUUGGCUUAGUUUUGGUAAAAUGACGACACAGUUACAAAAUGUUAAAUCAAUACAUUAUAAUUGGCUGAUAACUGAUGUCCAUUACAGUGGACACAGGGUCUGAAUCCUAUUCAAUGUUUAACAGUAUCAGCUGUAUGAGACAUGAAGUCAUUGAGAGAGUUGAGACGCCAUCUAGAGGUGAACAGUGUGAAAAAGGGGAACAGACAUGAUAUAAACUGUACUCUUCAUACUGUGUCCACACAUUGGCACAAUGAGGAUUUUUAAAUCUGUUCAUGAAAUAUUUUACUCAUGUCCACAUUUUCUCUGAUUUAUUGUAAAUUAUUUACAGAAUGGUUUAACAUAUUUUAAGUAUGAAUCAUAUUUUUGUUUUUAGUGUUUUAAGUGUUUUUCUGUGUAUUGGUUUGUGGUAACUAAUGAAGGCUGUACAACGAUUGGCCUGAAGUCACAUGACCAUAAACUCAACCCAUCCUUAUAAGAGCCCCAUUGGCUGAUGUGUAUGUGGAUGCAUAUGAUUGGUUGUUUUUGAAUUUUUCUACUUUACAGCUUCCUUAUCUAAAUGUUAUCUGUAGUAUGUUAUUAGAAUGACUUUGAUGAAGGACACAAGCUGGAACAUGCUGGUCUGACAAUAAAGUUGUUCUAUAAACUACAAGUGUUGCUGGAGUUUUG